AAAUCGCGGCAAAUGGCGUUCUAGUUACUUUUAGUGGUGUUAAUUUGUGAAUAUAUUUGUGUUAUAACAACGUGUUAGCCUGGUGAAUCGUAGCGUGAAUCGUCUUUGGUUGUGUGAUUUAUUUUGGUUUUAAAAACACCCCUCCCCGUGACAGAGAACAUGGUACAGUCCACAACACGUCAUCCAUUGUUUACAAAUCAACUCGGGUUGUUGGUUAGUACCGAGCGGCGUGGUGAGAGCGAGGAGCAGCCCGGCGGCUCUCAUUCACACCGACACAAACAGACACACUCUGAAAUAUAAACUCCCAGUACACCGACUCAAUAUCCGCCAUCAUGCCGUGUCGGAAGGAGAACUACAUCUUUCUGGAACAGUCCGUCACCGUCGGCUCCAAAGAAGUGGACGCGCUGGUGACGAAAAUCGGCGAGGCGCUGCAGCUCCACAACAAUAGCGGCGGCCACCAGAAGACUGUGUCCGUGUCCAUGUCCUGCCUGCACGGGCUCACCGGCAGCAGCACCGGCGGGGUCAAACCAGCGGCCAUCAUCAGCGGCAGCGCGGGAGCUCCGGCACAGAAACACGGCUGCUGCAUGCGGCUCCGGAACCGGGGACACCGGGGGAGCAGCAGGGCAAGCCCGUAUAACAUCCCUGGGUCUAACGGCGACCAGGACUGGGACCAAAUCAAACCGUGGAACAAAAAGAGGAUCAACGUGGAGGAGGACGAUCCGCACCGGCUGCUGCAGGAGCUAAUUUUAUCGGGGAACCUGAUUAAAGAGGCCGUGAGGAGGCUUCAGUUCUCCGCCGCAGACUGUGGAGAUUUCCCCAGCGGCGGACAAUGUGCCGUGCUGAUAACGUAACGGACGAACCGGGGACGGGGUGUCCACCGCAGCGUGUGUCCCCCUCUCCUGGACGGACACAAAGACUGUUUAGAAUUAAAUUUCACAGGACUGGUAGCUAUGUUUUCUAAUUUCACCCAUUUUCAUCGAUUUUGUGUGUAACGUUUGUUACGCUAUGUCGGCUAGCAGUUAGCCUAACUUAGCUAGCUCGCUAGCCACCGGCUAAUGAGCCGUGUUGUUUAUGUUUGAAUGUCUCCUUGUGGCUCAGGCGCUCGGGGUGCAGCGGACGUCUGAGCUGCCACUUCAUCAGACUUUACAUUGGUAAGACAGGACGUUUAUGUCGCCCUGUGAAGGCUGAUGUGGUCCUCCCGUGAGGGAAAGUGAUGUUAACCGUCACACGGAGUGUUAUUGUGUGUAACUCUGUGAAGAUGGAGUCCUGAACAAUGGAUGUUCCUCUCCUGGCUGAUGAAAGCUUGAGUCACAGUGAACAGAGGCAGGAAGUCGUAGUUUAUUCAUGUUUUAUUUACCACUGCAUCCCGGAAUUUGUUCAUGUGCUCUGGCUUGAUGGGUGGGGGUUGCUCAUGGUUAGCUCUUCCCUGCUGUGACAGACCAUUAUAACGGCAGUGGGUGCUUAAGGGACUGUUUUGUACUUACCGGGGGAUGUUUUUUUUUUUUGGUUUUUACGUCCCUCCCAGAAGCCUUAAAUGUUAUGUUUUGAGCCUCCUUGAGUGACAGAACAACCACUGAGAGAUAUAAAAUGACAAAAAAAGGCACAACAUUACAUCCAAGAGGCACAAAAUGGCUACAAAGAGGUGCAAAGCUAUGGCACAACAUGACGCCAAACAACUGUCAAAGCAUGUUUGUCCCGCUCCUUUGUAGGACAGGUGAAGGGGCCUUUUGCAUAUCUCACCCAGGGGCCCACGAUCUGCUUAUACGCCCCUGCUGGUAAGUUCCUGCAAAUGGUUUCUGAUGGUGACUUUGAUGAGAUAUUACUAUUUAAAGCACAGAUUUGGUUGUCAUUUUUCUGAUGGAAGAGUUUGUUACACAAGAUGUGUUCAGAGACUAUCAGAAAUUUAAAAUUCCAAUGAUAAUUUCUGUUUUCACAGCUUCUGGUAAUGAUAAAUGGUGUAAUCUUGGAGAUUUGUUAAAGAACACCUGCCUUCCAGAGGCCUGCUUUCUAUAAAAAAAACAAAA